CAUAAAAAUAUAAAAUAUAAUUGGUUUUUUAAAUAUAUAGUAUAUUAUAAUAUAGUUUGGUUAAAUUUCACGAAUUGAUUGUAUAGAACAAAAUUGUUAUGAGUUAUCAACGUUUUAAGGACAACACAUUUUGGUCGUAUUCCUGUUUAUAUUAUAGUCGUUUGGAAAAGCAAAAUGUAAAGAGAACUGAUACACCGCGUUGUAUUAAUGUUGUUGUUGUGGGACUUUCUGGUGCAGAGAAAGAAAAAGGAGCAGUGGGAAUUGGUAAAUCAUGCCUUUGUAAUAGAUUUAUGAGAUCAUCAUCUGAUGACUUCGAAGAUGAUCAUAAUUCUUUAAUAAGCAAUUCUGAUUUUAGUGGCCGAGUUGUUAAUAAUGAUAAUUUUUUAUACUGGGGAGAAGUCAUGAAAACAUCUGAAGAAGGUACUGAAUACAUAUUUCGUGUAAUUGAACAAACUGAAUUUAUAGAUGAUUCAACAUUUCAACCAUUUAAUGGAGUUAAAAUGGAUCCAUACGUCAAACGCUGCGUGGCCACUAAAAUUGAAUCAGCUGAAAAAUUAAUGUAUAUUAGUAGAAGCCAACUAGGUGUUGAAGAAAAAUUUGAACAAAAAGUGUUACCUGCCGGUAAAUUCAAUGUUGACGGUUUUUUAUGCGUGUUUGAUGUCAGUGUAGUACCCGGUCGGAGUAUAGAAAAACAAUUAGAAACUGUUACUAAUAUAUUAAAAAAUGUAAAGAGUACUACAAAACCUGUGGUAUUAGUAACUACAAAAAAUGAUAAAUUAAAUGAAGCAUAUGUUCAAGAAGUUCAAAAACUUGUAUCUCGUAACGAAUUUAAGAAAGCUAUACCAAUUGUUGAAACAUCUGCUUAUCUGAAUGUUAAUGUUGAUGCCGCUUUUAUUGCUCUAGCUCAUAUUAUUGAUAGAUUUAAAGGCCGUACAAAAAUAGUUCCUUAUUUGGAAUCUGUUAAAAACUACUAUUGAUGUAAACCAGACGUUGGUACAGUUAUAAGUAAAUAGAGAAAUGUUUAUCAUUUUCUAUUUACGUAUAUAAAGUAUCUACGUACAAUACAUAUUUUUUACUUAUCUCUUAAGGCAUGUAUAAAUUGUAAUUAUUCAAUUGUUAAGACUAAACCAUAAAAUGUAAAUCAGUUUUAA